AUGUCAUCAACACCAUGCGCUGCAUGCAAGUACCUAAGGAGAAAAUGCACACAAGCCUGCGUGUUUGCGCCUUACUUCCCCGCGAACAAACAUGCCGAUUACGCAGCGAUCCACAAAGUAUUCGGAGCAAGCCAAGUGCAUAAAAUUCUCCACGACCUUCACCCAAACCAGAGACAAGACGCCGUGACCUCCCUCGUUUACGAGGCAAAUUCUUUUCUUCAUCACCCGGUCCAUGGCUGUACUCUUCACAUUCACAACCUCCAACGUCAGCUUAAAGAUCUUCAGAAUCAACUUCAAAUCGCCAAGAACGAGCUCGCCUCUUACACCAAUACCGUCCCACCGCUUGUCGACCUACCUUCUCCGGUUAAUUAUCAGCAAAACAAUUACAAUACAGUGUUGAUGAUGCCUGCUGAUGUUUCUAAUAAUUAUGGUGGUCAGUUAACGUCUCAACAGUUACAAGAAGAGGCUCAUCGAGUUGAAUCUGAAAAUAUCACUCAAAUGCAGCAGAUGCAUCCAGACGCAGCACAAUCAAAGGGAGAUGACUGCCCGUGA